AGCCACGGUCCCAGCCUGCCCUGCGCGGGCCAACGAGAACCAGCCGGGUGACUCACCUCUGCCGCGCUAACUCUUCGCAGCUCUUCCCUUCACGCACGCUCAUCCCGACUCGAGAUGGCGGCGGCGACGGCGGCGGCCGGCGACUCAGACUCUUGGGACGCCGACACGUUCUCUAUGGAGGACCCGAUGCGGAAGGUCGCGGGCGGCGGCACGGCCGGAGGGGACCGCUGGGAGGGCGAGGACGAGGACGAGGACGUGAAGGAUAACUGGGAUGAUGAUGAUGACGAAAAUAAAGAGGAAGCAGAAGUAAAACCAGAAGUAAAAAUUUCAGAAAAGAAAAAAAUAGCAGAAAAGAUAAAAGAGAAAGAACGGCAGCAGAAGAAAAGGCAAGAAGAAAUUAGAAAGAGGUUAGAAGAGUCUGAAGAACCUAAAGUGCUAACACCUGAAGAGCAAUUAGCAGAUAAACUUCGGCUAAAGAAGCUACAGGAAGAGUCAGACCUUGAAUUAGCAAAAGAAACUUUUGGUGUUAAUAAUACAGGUUAUGGAAUAGAUGCUAUGAACCCAUCUUCAAGAGAUGAUUUCACAGAGUUUGGAAAGUUACUAAAAGAUAAAAUUACACAGUAUGAAAAAUCACUAUAUUAUGCCAGUUUUUUGGAAGCCUUAGUUCGAGAUGUCUGUAUUUCAUUGGAAAUUGAUGACUUGAAAAAGAUUACCAAUUCAUUGACUGUGCUUUGCAGUGAAAAACAGAAGCAAGAAAAGCAAAACAAAGCCAAAAAGAAGAAGAAAGGUGUGGUUCCUGGAGGGGGAUUAAAGGCCACUAUGAAAGACGACCUGGCAGACUAUGGUGGAUAUGAUGGAGGAUAUGUACAAGACUACGAAGACUUCAUGUGACAUUCUAUCUUCUCCUGGUGUCUUCUUUCUGUUGCCCACAAUCCCUUCAACAUGUAGCACAACUUCCUUUCCUUUCAGUUCUGCCAAAUGCUACAAUCAGAAGUGCAGUAUCUUUCGUGCUGGUUAUUUUAACCCCUUGACACUCAGGUGCUAAUGAGCAAAUGAGGGAACUUGGAUCUUGUUGCCAAGGGGUUAAAAUUGGGAACUUCAAUUGCUACUAAAUCAUAGUUUAAAAACAAAACAAACCUAAUAAUGUUGUCAUUGUUGCUAUCUGACUCCAUAGCAGCAGUCACUAAAUUGGAAACAAAGGUCGCAACAUGACAAAAAAUUGUGUAGUAUUUACCAGCACCAUUCAGUAAUACAGCCUUAACCAUACCUCCUUGAACUACUUCAUAACUUGUCAAGAAGAGCAGUUUGCAGCAAGCAAGGGCAUGUGGGAUGCACCUAAUAUUAAAAUUGCUUUGUCUAAAAUUUGAGCGUGAGGAUAUUAAAAACAUGUUGUGAAGAAGACUGCUUAUCUCAGAGUGAAGAUACUGUGGCUGAAAAAUACUAGUUUGAUACUUAAGAUUUUAAUGACCAAAACCUUUCAACUUUGAAGCUGAAGAAGGUAAACCUCUCCAUUGUCACAGUGCCAGUGGUGGACGCUCCAGUGCAUUGACUGUCUAGUUAUUUAUCGGCCUAUUUCUACUGAUGGAGGACUUCAGAUGGGGGAGGGAACUGUUUCUAUUUGCCUGAUUCAAGUGUCUGAGAAACAAAUCUUGUUCUUCUAGGCUGCAACAGAAAAACUUAACAGGGUUUUGGCAUUUCCUUUUCUUUAUAAAACAUACUCAGCAAACUGCACCAGUUAACUACAGUUUGGUAAAUUGUUAUGUUAACAAUUAUGACAUCUGCAAUGUUUUAUAAAGCAACUAAUUUAAUAAAAUCACUAUUGUGAGGA